AUGCAGCGGCGCCCUGUGCCGCGCGAGCAGUUGAGUGCGCUGUGUGCAGAUGGAUGGACACCCUACGAAGGCGUCGUGUUGAACCGGACUGACUGGGGCACGCUCGUCGACAUUGGCUGCGAAGCUCCAGGGCUCUUGAUGGCGGGUGAGGAAUUGCCACAAGUGUCGAUGACACCCAAACCGACAGCAGCCUUACUCUGCAAACUCGAGAACAUCGAGGAGAAGUUGCCGCUGGGCGCCAAGACAACGGUCUACGUGUGGAACAAGAGCCGCUUUACAGGUCGCAUUUACUUGGGUUUGGAGCCAAGACCCAUCAAGGGCACUCCACUUCAUGCGAUGCCUAUUGAUGGAGUUACUCCCAUUCUAGGCACCGUAACACGUUUGGCCUCCGGUUACGCCUAUGUCGAUGUGGGCUGCGAAGUCUUGGGCCGCUUGAGCGGCAACGAGACUGGCAACGAGAG